CAGAAAAGUAGCACAGCCGCUGUUGACGUUGUGUACAUCUGAACUGGGCGUGUAAAUGUUUAAGAAACGCAGCGCUGCGUGACAUCUUUAUUCAGCUGAUUCGUAUUUUGUUGAAGCUACCGUGUUGAAGGAGAAGCUAAUGGUCUUGACAACAUGGACAGUGGCCUGAGUCCCCAGGAUAAAAAAGACUUGGACAAGUUCAUUAAGUUCUUUGCCUUGAAGACUGUCCAGGUGAUUGUCCAAGCUCGUCUUGGAGAGAAGAUAUGCACUCGCUCGUCCUCCUCACCUACUGGCUCUGAUUGGUUUAAUUUGGCCAUCAAAGACAUCCCAGAGGUGACUCAUGAAGCCAAGAAGGCACUGGCCGGGCAACUUCCAGGCAUUGGACGUUCCAUGUGUGUUGAGAUCUCCCUAAAGACGUCUGAGGGUGACUCAAUGGAGUUAGAGACUUGGUGUCUGGAGAUGAAUGAAAAGUGUGAUAAGGACAUCAAGGUGUCGUAUACAGUCUACAAUCGUCUGUCUGUCCUUCUGAAAUCUCUGCUGGCCAUCACCAGAGUAACACCGGCCUAUAAACUGUCUAGAAAGCAGGGACACGACUAUGUCAUAUUAUACAGGAUUUACUUUGGGGAAGUCCAGUUGGGUGGAUUAGGGGAAGGUUUCCAAACAGUGCGUGUCGGUGUUGUUGGCACCCCUGUUGGCACAGUCACACUUUCAUGUGCUUACCGCACAAACCUGGCAUUCAUGUCCAACAGACAGUUUGAGCGCACGGCUCCUAUCAUGGGGAUCAUUGUGGAUCACUUUGUGGAUCCUCCCUGCAGCAGCCAGCGUCCUGCAAACAUGGGACACCCCUGCAACUACAGGUACUCCGAUGACGAGGACGGAGGCCCGUUUGCAGGGGUUCAGGACUCGCAAGAAGUCUGCACCACCUCCUUCUCCACCUCCCCUCCCUCUCAGUGUGUGUGUACACUGAGUCCCUCGCCCUCUAAACUGUCUAAGCCCCUCCCACUGGACAGUCUGCAGCUUCCAUUGGCUCCGGGACUUGUCACUCACAAUCUGUAUGCUUCCAGGAUAUCUUAUCAGCCUCCAGCUCUAGCAGGAGCCGCUGAGCUUUGUCACCCUGUUGCCAAUCAAAACCAGGUGUUGCAUGCUGGGAAGGAGGGCGGGGUUGUUUUGGUUCCUGCCCACCCUCCUCAUGGAGCCGAUGCCAAUCUGACAGCAGAGCACUCCUCCAACACGCCUGGCAGCAGUGGCGACGACGACGGCCUGUCGCAGAGUGGAGAAGCAAGGAAGGAUGAAGGGAGGAGUGUUUCUCCCUCUGACCCUGUGGAGUCUCUCAAUGCUUUUACAAGGAAAAUCGGAGCCUUCGUCAGUAAACCCAGUGCACAGAUAACAGCAGCCAGUCUUGACCUGCCAUUCGCUGCAUUUGCUCCCCGAGGCCUGGACUCAGAGGAGAAUGAUCCCAUGGUGCAGCCUCCAGACUCUCCUCCUUGCCCGUCACCCCUUCAGGCCAGCCUCCAUUCUCAGGGGUCAGAGGGGUCGGGGCAGCAGGACGACUUUGUCAUGGUUGACUUUCGCCCAGCCUUCUCGAAAGACGACUUGUUGCCGAUGGAUCUGGGCACUUUCUACAGAGAGUUUCAAAACCCUCCUCAGCUAACCAGUCUCUCACUACACAUCAGCUCCCAGUCGAUGGCCGAUGACCUGGACUCACUGCCAGAGAAGCUGGCCGUUUAUGAGAAAAACAUGGACGAGUUUGACGCUUUUGUGGACAUGCUCCAGUAGAGAAUGAGUGAUAAAGGACUACAUGUGUGAAAAGACUAAAUGGCAAAUGAAACUAAAUCGUGUUUCAAUGUGAAACUCCACGUUUCCUCUCUUACCUUCCUGUCCAGCAUGUACACCUCGCUUACCAGUUUGUACAGAUCGUCCUCUUCACUGUAAAUACUGUAUCUUCCUCCUUGACACUGGCAUACAACCUUCUCUGGUCUGGUAGUGUUAAUUUAAACUAAAAUCUUUAUUUUCUAUGUGGCACAAAUCCGUUCUAUUCGUCAAGUGUUUAAUCAGGAAAUCAGAUCAUCAUGUGACAGCCAUGCAAUUUAAGGACAGACUACCUGUUGAUGCACCCUGCUGAACACUACUAGCCUCUGAAGGUUUCCUCUACAUCAUCGCCCUUCUGAUCAUAUGAAGCUAAAGGUGAAAGUAAAAUGCACUUAGCCUUACAGUGGAUACUAGAGUGUUGUAAUUAAGAAAUGUCCAGCUUUGUUCUUACGACAGUCUUGUUUCAGAAGCAGUUGCUCAAAGGCACCUUGAAAGUGACAGGCCUCAUUUAUUUACCCUAGCCUGGUGUUCCCAGCUGGUCUGGGGAUUUAAACUGCCAACUUCAAUGUUCAAAAAUGACCUCGGUGGAAUUUAAAGUGAUUUAACUGCUGACUUGUUGUGGAACUACACUCAGUUGUCACGUUAUAUAACAGUCCUGCAAUAAAUUCUAUGUUCAUAAAGGUUCAACUGUUUAUGGUCAUUUGAGGCUGUUGAAUUGUGUUAUACUGAGUUGUUUGUAAUAUUUGUCUGCUUGUUUAACAGUCUCACUGGCCACAAGCUAAAACAUCAAACGACACAAACCCUUUCAACAAAAACUGACGACCUCCAUGAAGGCAGGAUUUGCUGCUGGGCUGCCAUUAGACUGCACUAGUUUUAGCUACCUAAUACAGUGUGGCAACUGAGUGCAUUUUCCUUAGGCUGUACAACGUGCAUAUGUAUAUUUUGGGGUUUUGUAAAAGUUCGAUUUCCAGCUGUCUACAGAAGACACCAGGCAACUAUCCAUGACUGUUUGAAAGCUUUAAGCUUUUAUUUGCUGUUGGUCUAGAUGUCCUAAUAAAAGCAUGGCUGCUCUGUUGAAACAA